GGAAAGUACCCACGUAUCGAGCUCAAUACAUUGAUAUCGACCAAACGCAAUAUCAAUAUCGAUUUCACGAUAUCGACGUUUGGAUCGAUCCAGACGCCACUGUAGUAAGUGAAAGCGUCUGCACAACCGGAGCUCAUGAGUAGGCACGCACCGCCGCUCUGUGGCCGCUCAGCUCUCGUUCACCUCCGGCUUCCUCUACCGCUUGCUUCCCCAUCCUCCCGCGGCUCUCUAUGGCGGCCAAAAACCGAAAGCAGACCGGGAAAAGCGAAAAGAGUCCACCUGUCGUUUCUACCGGUGGCAAAAGCGGCGCCAAGCGAGCCGCCGCCGCUGCUGGCGGCAGGGAUGCCAAAGCCGCGAAUGGGCUAUCGGGCAUUCGGAACAAGCUGGGGCUAAGUCACACCUCGGCGGCCGGGCUGGGAUUCACGCUUCUGCUCGCUGCUUUGAGCGGAUAUCUCCACUGGUAUCAUCUCACACAACUAUUUGAGAAUGACAGACACUUCUCACACUUAUCCACCUUAGAGAAGGAAAUGGCUUUCCGGACCGAGAUGGGCUUGUAUUAUUCGUACUACAAGACCAUCAUCGACGCGCCGUCCUUCCUGCAGGGCCUGCACAUGAUCAUGAACGACCGGCUGACCGAAUACCCGCUCGUCAUAAACACCCUCAAGAGGUUUAAUCUUUACCCAGAGGUGGUUCUAGCCAGCUGGUACCGGGUGUACACGUCCGUCAUGGGCUACUUUGGUGUUCCCACCAAGAUGUGCUGGUCCAUCAACAGAGGAGAAGGCCUCACGCCAGUGGACAGUUGCGAAGGGCUGGGCGACCCGGCCUACUUCUACGUGACAUGCGUGUUCUUGCUCAACGGGCUGAUGAUGAGCAUGUUUUUCUUGUACGGCGCUUACCUCAGCGGAAGCCGACUGGGCGGCAUUGUGACCACCGUGUGUUUCUUCUUCAAUCACGGCGAGAGCACACGUGUGAUGUGGACUCCUCCUCUCAGGGAAAGUUUUGCUUACCCCUUCCUGGUCCUGCAGAUGAUGCUACUCACAUUCAUCUUGAGAACCCGGAACCCGAGCAGGAUGGCCCUGGCCGCUUUGGGAAUCUCCACAGUGUGCUUCAUGCUGCCAUGGCAGUUUGCCCAGUUUGUGCUGCUCACUCAGAUAGCUUCCCUGUUUGCGUCCUACAUCCUGGGUUACCUCAGCGCGGCUAAGAUGCAGUCGUUGUUGGUCACUCACAUGGUCGCACUGGCCGCCUGCUUUGUGUUGAUGUUUGGCAACGCCAUGCUGCUCACCUCCUUUUACGCCUCCUCGCUGGUCUCAAUCUGGGCUGUCAUUGCGCUGAGGGAUCGCUUGACUCGGAUCUUCAGAACUGGCUUGGUCUUCUGGGUCAUGCAGGCUUUAUUUUGGGUGGGCUCCACCGUUCUGCUGAAAUUCCUGCUGUCCACCAUCCUCGGCGCUUCCGAUGAUGCUCACAUCAGUGGCCUGAUCAAGUCGAAAUUCACCAGCUACAAGGAUUUCCACACGCUCAUGUACACAUGCGCUGCAGAGUUUGACUUCAUGGAGUGGGAGACUCCCACCCGCUACCUGACAACGUUGCUGCUGCCCAUCAACUUGUUACUGGUGGCUUUGAUUGCCAAGACGAUUAUGCAAGAUGUCAUCCGCUACCUGAAGGAUGGAGGAAAAGCAAAUGUUGGUCAUAAGGAUGACACAGUUGUGAGGUGUGACGUUGUCACUAAAGGAGAGAUGGCGUACCACAGUCUGCAGCUUCUGGCCUUCAGCGUGCUGGCCGUCCUCAUCAUGCGCCUGAAGCUCUUCCUCACGCCGCACAUGUGCAUCGUGGCAUCGCUGAUCUGCUCCCGGCAGUUACUGGGCUGGAUGGCGGACAGGAGCAAACAACAGGUCGCCGUGUUUGUCAUGCUGGCCCUCAUGUCGGUGAAGGGGGUGGCCAACCUGCAGGCCCAGUGGGGCAUCAUCGGGGAGUUCAGCAACAUGCCUCAGGAGGAGCUGCUGGACUGGAUACGGGACAACACCUUCCCUGAUGCUGUGUUUGCGGGUGCGAUGCCCACAAUGGCCAGCGUGAAACUGUCCACGGGUCGGCCCAUCGUGAACCACCCCCACUACGAAGACGCCGGUUUGAGGGAAAGAACCAAGCUGGUGUACUCCAUGUAUAGCCGCAUGUCCGCAGAGACUGUCAAGAGCAACUUGGACAAGCUGGGAGUCGACUUUUUUGUUCUGGAAGAUUCUUGGUGCACCAGGAGAACCAGGCCCGGCUGCAGCAUGCCGGAGAUCUGGGAUGUGGAAGACCCGGAGAACAUUGUAAGUUGUCACACGUUCCAGGCGACUUGAGUGGACCUCAAGUUUCCGUGUUUUUUCCACCAGAAACGGAAAACUAAGCUGGGAUGAAUCACUCCGUUCUUCCCCGCGAGCACCCCUGCUGGUACGCUCCCAUACGAGCUCCUCAAUUUUUUCCCAAUCAUCCCCAAAGCGAGACCGAUAUUUCCUUUCUUCAUCUCCUUUAUCUUCCCCGUGAGGAUUUUACCGGCAUAUUGCAUACCGGUGAGAGCGAUGUACAUUCUCAGAAUUUCAUUGGUACCUUCAAAAAUGGGAAGGAUACGACAGUCCCUGAGGUAACGCUCGUACGGGUAGUUUUUUGUGUAUCCUAGACCUCCGAGAACCUGAAGAGCUUCGCUGACGCAAAUCCAACCUCCCUCUGAGCUGAACACCUUCACCACAGCAGCUUCCAAAGAACAAUCAGGUAGACCUGGUCUGUCCAUCAUUCCUGCUGUCAGGUAUGCCAUGCUCUCCAUCACAAAAACAUUUAGGGCCAUGAUUGCAAAUUUCUCUUGGAUCAUACCAAAUUCACUCAAGCGUUUGUUAAACUGCUUUCGUGUCGCCGCAUACUCCGAGGUCAAUUCAAUCAUUUUUUUAAUCAUUCCAGCUGAAGAACUUCCCAUGCUGAAUCUUCCAGAGUUGAGUAUGUUCAUGGCGAUCUUGAAUCCGUCCCCUAAUUCUCCAAUAACAUUUUCCAGCGGUACUGGAACAUUGUCAAAUGAAACUUCACAAGUAUUGGAGCCCCUGAUACCAAGUUUGUCUUCAGGUUUUCCGCUCGUAAUGCCUCCAAAAGCUCUCUCGACAAUAAAUGCAGAAAUUUUGUCUUUCUUAGCCCCAUCUAGAACCACCUCAGUCCGUGCAAACACGGUCAUGACGUCAGCCAUUCCGCCGUUUGAAAUCCAAAUCUUGGAUCCAUUGAGAAGGUAAUGUUUGCCGUCGUCCGACAAUGUUGCCCGUGUCUGAAUGGAAGCUGCGUCGCUUCCACUUCCAGGCUCAGUCAAACAAAAAGCUGCAAUGUGUUCCCCUGAGGCUAAUUUAGGCAGAUAUUUCUUCUUCUGUGAAUCAUUCCCCGCAAUUAGUAUACCCUUCAAUCCAAUUGCUUGAUGGGCAGCGAGUGUGACUGCAAUAGAGGCAUCCAAUGAUGUAAUCUCUGCAAGUCGUGCAUACAUAGUAUUGGACAAUCCAAGACCUCCAUAUUGCUCAGGAAUCUGGAGUCCAAACAGUCCAAGCUCUUUCAAGCCAUUCAACGUUUCCGGGGGGAUUCUGGCUUCUCGGUCAAUCUGUGCAGAAUCAACUUCCUCAUUGAAGAAUUUUUCUACAGGAGCCACAAGCUGGUUAAUCUCCUCCAAUUCUUCUAUUCCAAUUUCUGGAAAGGGAAAUACUUCCGCCUCAUUGACUUGACCGAGGAACAAGUCUUUGGCAUAUGCGAGGUUUCUUGAAUAAGUUUUGAUUGACCUUUGCGGUGGGAAAGAGCAGACGUAUUUCGGCCUUAUACUGCGCAGCAGCUGCUUUCGGAUGUGAAGACAGUUGGAGAGGACGAGCAUUCUACUGAUGGACAUCAUUUUGGGGAGCGGACAGAAGCGCUGAAAACUGCUAAUG